CCAUCGGCCGCGAUAUUCUCUCCUUGUCAAGCAAAAGUCGACCUGACCGCAAGUCGGGCUGAUUCCAGCAAAUAUGAAGAGUCUUAGGAGGGAUCUCUCUUCGGAUCCGCACGCCGCAAAUGUCACCAGCAAAAUCUUCGUCCGGUCCACGAAAAGUGGAAAGGUGCAAAAGAUCGUUCGUGAGCUUUACCUACGACAGGAUAUUCCGUGCUCAUCGAAGCUGUGCUCGACAUGCCCGCAUGUCGCCCCGACUGAUGCAAAUGGAAACAUUACGCCUUUUGUUCUUUCCGACCAGCCCGCCGGUACCAGCGCCUUCCCCCGAGGCCACUACCUUGUCCCUGAUACGAAUGCGCUGUUGAAUGGAAUGGACCUUUUCGAACAUACCGGAGCCUUUUACGAUGUGAUUGUUCUUCAAACGGUGCUCGAGGAGCUGAAGAACCAGUCUCUACCCCUCUACAACCGUCUGCUUUCCUUGAUCAAAACCGACGAUAAGCGCUUUUACCUUUUCUUUAACGAGUUCCGACUGGAAACGCAUGUUCGUAGGGAACAGAACGAAUCGAUAAAUGAUCGCAACGAUCGAGCUGUGCGGGCCGUGGCAAAAUGGUACACGGAACAUCUGCAGACAACGCUCAGAAAGGGAAAGAAAGAGAAGGGAAUCCCCGCAAUUGUGGUGAUUACGGAUGAUAAAGACAGCUUGCGAAAGGCGAAGGAGGAGGGUGUGACAGCCUUGUCACUGCCGGAUUAUGUUGCCGGCUUGGAGGAUUCUGACAGGCUGCUCGACAUGAUCAAUGAGUCUAGGGAGGCGCGGGAAGCCAAGGGUGCGCGUGGAGAGCUCUUUUACCCGGAGUACUACACCAUGUCGAAGCUUAUGACGGGGAUCCGGGCUGGAACUUUACAUCAGGGUGUUUUCAACGUUUCGCCAUACAACUACUUGGAAGGCUCCGUCAACGUCGCAGCGUUCGAUAAGCCCCUGCUUAUCCUGGGUCGGGAUAACAGCAAUCGAGCUAUUUCCGGGGAUGUCGUUGUGAUCGAAGUGCUCCCUCAGGAUCAGUGGAAGUCGCCCUCAACCAAGCUUGUCGAUGAAGAAGCAGUAACCAAGAACGACAACCCCGAUGCGGGGGAUAACGAGGCGGUGGUUCCUGAAAAGGAGCGAAAGGCUUUGCAGGAAGAGGUCAAAAAGGCCCACGGCAAGAACUCGGAGGGCAAGCCUCAACCGACAGCUAAAGUUGUUGGUGUGAUGAAGCGAAACUGGCGACAAUACGUCGGACAUGUCGACUCGGGCUCCACAGGAGCCCAGGCAAGCUCUGGACGACGACAGCAAAAUGUAUUCGUUUUGCCCAUGGACAAAAAGGUCCCGAAAAUCAGAGUUCGCACUAGGCAAGCCGGUGAUCUUCUUGGGCAGCGUAUUCUUGUCACGAUCGAUGCCUGGGAUCGGGACUCUAGAUACCCGACGGGCCACUUUAUUCGGUCAUUGGGAGAGCUCGAGACCAAGGGGGCGGAAACAGAGGCCCUUCUCCUAGAAUACGAUGUGCAAUAUAAGCCAUUCCCCAAGGCAGUUCUGGACUGUCUCCCGGCUGAAGGGCACGACUGGAAGGUUCCCGCCAGCAAGGAGGACAUCGGUUGGACCGGACGGAGAGAUCUCAGGGACCUUCUCAUCUGCAGUAUCGAUCCCCCGGGCUGUCAAGAUAUUGAUGAUGCCCUCCACGCGCGACCGCUGCCUAAUGGUAACUUUGAAGUCGGCGUCCAUAUUGCGGACGUGUCACACUUUGUCAAGCCGAACAAUUCCAUGGACCUCGAGGCGAGCCUACGUGGAACGACCGUGUAUCUGGUGGACAAGCGUAUCGAUAUGCUUCCGCAUCUGUUGGGUACAGAUCUUUGCUCCCUCAAGCCCUACGUGGAACGCUAUGCCUUCUCUGUCCUGUGGGAAAUGACUCCUAACGCAGAGGUUGUUUCUGCCGAUUUCACGAAAUCUGUUAUUCAAUCUCGGGAAGCCUUCAGUUAUGAGAAGGCCCAAAAACGCAUUGACGAUUCUUCCCAGAAGGACGAAUUGACAGAGAGUAUGCGCACUCUGCUGCGUUUCUCCAAGAUUCUCCGCCAGAAGCGUAUGGAUGCAGGAGCGCUUAACCUUGCUUCACCCGAAGUCCGCAUCGAAGCUGACAACGAUGAGGUUGGCGACCCACUUGCCGAUGUCAAGACCAAGGCCAUGCUGGAGACCAACAGUCUUGUGGAGGAGUUCAUGCUUCACGCCAACAUCACAGUUGCGGCCAAGAUUUACGACAGUUUCUCCCAAACCGCCCUACUACGACGACACGCCACUCCCCCGCCACAGAACUUCGAAGAUCUCACCAACCAGCUGACCAAGAAGCGGGAUAUGAGACUCGACGUCUCCAGUUCCCGGGCUCUUGCUGACUCGCUGGACAACUGCGUUGAUGAGAAGAACCCCUUCUUUAAUACCCUGGUUCGUAUUCUUGCCACCCGGUGCAUGACCUCCGCAGAGUACUUCUGCGCCGGCGCCCAUGCCGAGUCGGAGUUCCGCCACUAUGGUUUGGCAUCGCCCAUUUACACCCACUUUACCUCACCAAUUAGACGAUACGCCGAUCUACUGGUUCACCGUCAAUUGGCGUCUGCCAUCGGUUACGACGGUGAAGAUGGCCGGGCGUCUAUUGAUGGUGUCAUGACCCGCAACCGAUUGGAGGACAUCUGCCGCAACAUCAACUACCGGCAUCGCAAUGCCCAAUUUGCUGGCCGCGCCAGUAUUGAGUACUACGUUGGACAGGCCCUCAAAGCUCGCGGAGAGAAGAUGGCCGCGGACGGUGUGGAUGCUGGUAUCGACGAGGAAGGAUACGUUAUGCGGGUGUUUGAGAACGGAGUGGUUGUGUUUGUACCGCGCUUCGGCAUCGAGGGCGUCGUCCGCCUGGAGGACUUCGUGCUCCCAGGCGACAAGGCCAUCCGAUCUGUCGAGCAGCGACGAGAACUGGUCACGCGCCGUGAGAGUGAUUUUGACAACGAAGAAUACAUUCUUCAUGUUUCGGAGAAGGGUCAGUCCGAUAAGGAUCGGGGUAUGACAGUUGAACUUUUCCAGCGAGUUCAAGUCAACGUCAGCUCCGUGAAGGAAGACAGUGGCCGGGGUGCAGGAAAGAGAAGAGUACGUGUCCUAGUGCUGGGAAGCUGAAUUUAAAGACGAAAAAAAGGAAAAGGAAAAAGAAAAGUGUGCCUACUAUGAUGAUACUUGGAUGUGCAUUGUACACGGAAUUUCUGGCGUUUAGCGGUAUAACAUAGGCUCCAUUAUGUAUAACUGCCUGGUUGAUCAUUUCCC